AUGUUGAAGGAUACUCUAAAGAAGCGUCUUGAACAAGCCAAAGGUUCUUGGGCAGAGGAAUUACCAGAGGUCCUCUGGUUGUAUAGAACCAAUGCCCAGACAGCAACUGGUCAUACUCCUUUUUCCUUGGCGUAUGGAUAUGAAGUUAUGUUUCCAGUUGAGAUUGACCCCCCAUCCCAUCGGAGAAGCACAUACGACCAGGCAAAGAACCAUCAAUUGCUAGCUGAAUCUUUGGACUUUAUUGAAGAAAAACGAGAAAGGGCGAGCUUGAGAGUUGCUGCCUAUCAACAAAAGGUGACCUACUAUUUAAUUCCAGAGUUAGAGAUUGAAAGUGCCAGGUUGGAGAUUUGGUUCUCAUAA